UGUGCUGGGAUCCAGGCAGGGAGAAGCUGUCCAUCAGGGCCAUCACCAGCUCAGCCUCAGGACCUAGGACCUCACUGAAUCUGUCUGUGCUGUGAGACAGUGUAUCAAUCAUCUGAUACAAUGCAUGCUGGGAGAGCAGCUCACACUGGCUGACCAGAAGAGAUUUUAUGAUGAAACAUUGAAGUGUAGAGGAUUAUGAUCUUGCACUAUUCACAAAUUGGAUGCCACGAGUCACAACCUGAGAAGCUCCUGAAUUUGGUCAAAGAAAAUCUGGUGAAUUUAAGAACUGUCUCCAGAUUCAUUGGCAUACAGUGACUGCAGGCUGAAACUUGCUGAGCAGGGAGAAAGUCACUGGUUCUAGACAAGGCGUAAUUUACAGACAAAGCAGGAGGAUCUGAAUCAUUCAACGGCCUCGGUGCACCAGAUGCAGACUUCAUGAGUUCGAUGUGGGAAAAUACCCAUGAUCCUCUAUGCUUGUGUGGUGCGGCUGCAAGACGGAUUACCGCUCUCAGCCUCCAUGGAUUUCCACAUGAGCAAGAAUGUGUCUGACAGUAAGAGGAAACUCCGAGCUCUGUCUGUCACUCUGUGUCAGCGUCCAGAGAGAGGAACCGCAGAGCUCUGUGAACUCAGCAUACACUUCUGCUCCUCAGGGGACAUCGCCUCGCUGGCUCUCUGCUCCAGCAGUUACCCUCACAGCAUGGCAUUCUGCUUCUUGGAUGAGAUACUCUGGGAGUUUAUGUCAUCCUAUAAGAACGUAGCGAUCGCCCUGGCAUCCAGGCCAUAUGCCUUCCGAGAGUUUGACAGUGUGAUCCAGAGAGUGAAACACAACUUUAACUUUGCUGCCAGUCCUCCUGUUCCCCUCGAAUCAUGUCCCCCUCCAGUCUGUGUGAAACUAGACGAUAUAGAAAAGGUUAAUAACAUCGCCAAUGGAUACCCGGCCUGCUCUGACCUGUCAGGUCUUUAUAGCCGACUGACGCCAGUAACCAGCAUUGGACUCCUCUCGCUAACUCUGAACAUCAUGUGCAGCGCUCUGAGCCUCAUUCGUGGAGCCCAUCUGGCUGAGCAUUCGUUUCAGAAUGGCUACGAAGAUGCAGGGAGAAUCGCAGCGUUUUGUACAGCAUUUUGUGCCAACAUAUUUCAGUGUCACUUGUAUUUCUUUCACUGCUCUGCGCGGACGCGAAAGACCUGCGGACUGCUGGCUGUCAUUUGCUUCUGCAACAUUUAUUUAUACGGAGAGCGCAACGUGUGGCUGAUUCUCUUCCAUAUCGGGGUCGCUGUACUUUUUACCCUACAAAUUUUGAUGAGGAAACCUGUAGACAGACGCAGGACAUUUGGGAAGUGAAGUAAACGAUCCCGUAAUUUGGAGGUGGGGGCGGGACCGCAUUGAAUGGUGGAGGAAGUUUGAGGAAGAAGAAACAUGUUUACUCCACCCAGUAAAUAAACUAAAUAGGCAGGACCUUCAAUGCACUUAUUGACAGAGUAACAUGUUGCUGAGCAAUUUGUUACUUGCCUUCUGGCGCACAAAGUGUUAACACUUUUUUUCUACAUUAGCCAAUUUUUUAGGCAUUGAGAGUCCUAGACUUCCUGCGAUUAUAUAUAGCGUGUCAUUAUAUCAAUCCAUAUAAUGAGUUGUUUUUUGUGCAGUUAUAUGUGUAAAUGCAGAGGAGAAUGCAGAAUUAUUUUGGUGGCAAACCAUCGCAUUAUUUAUAUAGAGCAAUUUCUAGUGCAAAGAUUUAAAGGACAACGGUCACAUCAAAACAAUUUUUACUACAAUAAUCUUUUC